AAUAAACUUAACGUCAAAAUAUAACCAACAAAAUUAUAUACCAAAAUAUUUGUUUAUAAAGCAACGCAAUGUCGGAUUUCGAGAGAGGAAAAUAUUACAAUAAGAAAAAAUAUUCCAAUAGGGAUCGAAAUGAGUCCAAAUCAUCCUACAACAACAGGUUCUUCAACAAGAGCAUUUACAAUCCAGACAAAGAUGGAAAUGAUGGAGGUGAUAAAAAAAUGAAACAACCACAAAUCAUGAUCAAAACCAGGGAUAAAGCAGAAGAACAUGCAACUUCACCUAAGGUUGUACAGAAAGAGAUUGCAGAGGUGGCUAGUAAACCUGAUGUUGUUAAAAAGGACAUGACAAAGUCUGCAAAACUGUUGGAGGAUGGAUUUUUCUUUGCUGACGAUGUGCAGGAAUUCUUGACUGAUAAUUCAGACUUCCUGGUUGUUGGAAUUGUUGGGCCACAAACUGUAGGCAAAUCCAGUAUUAUGAGUUUCUUGGCCAGUGAUAAGUUUUCAAAGAAGUUUCAAAACCAAUUUCAAGUAGCAGAAAAUGCAAUGUGCCAUAAGCAUAAUGAUGUUGAGGCAAUGUUUAGACAAGCAACUACUGAUGAUAUUGAAACCUUAACAAACGCCACAAGUGGCAUCGAUAUUUUCAUUACUGAAAAUAGAUUAAUCUUGUUGGACUCGCAACCGUUUCAAUCUGUAUCCGCGGAAAACGCUGGAGAAUUGCAGAAUUUGCAGCACGUUGCAUUCCUGAUGAGCGUUUGUCAUCUGUUGAUUUUCACGCAGGAUUUCUUUUUGGAUAUUAACCACGUCAGGUUUCUACAGACAGCAGAAAUGUUAAAGCCUACAAUCUCAAAUAACGAGGAAGAAUAUUCGGAGCAAUUCCCGCAUUUGAUGUUACUCCACAACAAAGCUCAGUUGGAAGACUUUCAACCAAAGAAAUUUAAAAUUAUGCAAAAUUUCUAUAAAGAAAUCUUUAAAACUAGUAAGAUGAAUCUGCAAUCAGGUCUUGGAAUGCACAAUACCAAGAACACGGGUUCGAUGAAGUUGGACGAACAUGUUGAGAACUUUAAUUUAUUUUUGUUGCCAGAUCUGAAUGAUGCCAAUCCAAAUGAUUUGACAAAGUUUGAAGAACUUAUUAAGAUAUUAAGGAACAAUAUCAGCGGUUUGACUAAACACGCGAUGACUCAUGUGCAGCUAACCGAAAAGACGUGGUUGGUUUAUGGCGCGAAGGCUUUUGAUCACAUCAAGAAAUCUACAUUUUAUUUGGAAUAUAAAAAAUUAUUGCCCUGAAUGCAUCAUUACGAUGUUAUGCUGUAUGUAUAAGAAAACGUGUAUCUGUGUUUAUAAGAAAGAAACU